AUGAUUUUCCUUCGUCAUCAUCUGGAUGAAGGACUGAAGGUUGAAUACUUUACUGUGAAAGAUCCACUUGAAUUGCGGAUUGAUUUGAAGGGAAGGUAUGACCACCUAAAGGCUACAGUACUGCCUAGAGCUUGUUAUGAGUGGAUGCAGUUACGGUUUCAAGACUUUAAAACCGUUGUUGAAUAUAAUUCCGUUGUAUUCAAGAUUGUUUCCCAAUUGAAAUUAUGUGGGGAAACUAUAAAUGAUGAGGACAUGAUGAAAAAAAUACUAACUACUUUUCAUGCCUUAAAUAUGAUAUUGCAGCGACAAUACCGUGAAAAGGGCUUUCAGAAGUAUUUUGAAUUGAUCUUAUACCUUCUAGUGGCUAAGCUACAUAAUGCCCUUUUGAUGAAAAAUCAUGAAGUCCGUCCCACUGGAGCUUCUUUACUACCGAAAGUAAAUGGGGUACAAGCACAUGGCCAGCCUGAAAGACGGCAAGAUCGAGGUCAUAAUAAUAUGCGUGGACGUGACAAUGACAGGGGAUAA